UAUCUUAACCUGUCGUUAAAUUUUAACUAUGGUUUAGAGGCUAUUCAAGUUACCCAUAAUUCAGAUUUUCUGAACUUCCUCCAUAAAAAAAUAUGGCCGACUUACCUUCUGCUAAUCCAUGUAAUCAGUCUAAUGUAAAAAAAACAAGGGAAAGAAAGCCUAAUUUCUCAGAGGCUGAGAUCAGUGUCCUUCAAGAUGAAGUCGAGAAGAAUUUUGCAGUCAUUAAUGACAAAUUCGGUAGCGCAGUCAGCAAUAAAAGGAAAACAGCAGUCUGGGCAAAAAUUUCCAUGAUGGUGUCUUCUCUUGGUGUUGCCCAUAGGUCCGCCAAGGAGUGUAAAGACAAGUGGGGCAACACCAAGAAAGAGGCAAAGAAGAUGUUCUCAGUGAAGAAGAGAGACCAUGUAAAAACUGGUGGUGGACCUCAGGCUAAACCAUUGAGUGUGGCAAUAAAUAGAACAAUAGACCUGUGGAAGGACUCUGCUUCCUUCAAGGGCAUAGGAGGUGUAGAAAGCUGCAUUAUUGCUGGUGCAACUGAAGCUACAUUGCCAGAAGAUUCCGAAAUGGCAUGUACAGGAUCCCAGGAUUUGUUUGAGUCAGCUCCUGAAUGUCAAUCUGCCUCCCAGUCACUGCAACCUCCUACACCUCCUUCACCUCAGUCACCAUCAGUAAUUGCAGGGUUUAUUGGUAACCGGGGAGUACCAAUUGUAGUAAACCCGACUAGACCUGUGUUCACCUCAAAGGCUUUCUUUUCAUGGUAUAUUUUAAGUAAUCCUGGGAAGAUGUGA